GUGCUUCUUGUCGUUUGCGAUUUUUGACAUAACACCGUUACCAGGCUAACGCCAAGAAUCAGCUCCAGCCCGCGGCAGGAGGUCAUCCAGGUGAGGACAGCAGUCCGCCGCGUGAAGAGGAAGGAUGGCAGGAGAGACGAUCCGCACGCUACGACUCUGUCACCAUCAUUUAGCACUGCUCCAGAAAUGCUCCAAUCACAUAGGCCCCCAAAUGCUGCUCCGCAGGUCCUUCAGCUCACACAGGAGUGCAUGGAGCCGACGACCGCUGAGGAAACUGAUGUUUGUUGGUGUGACAGUGGUACUGCCAGUAGGUUUGGGGAUAACGUAUGCUUUCUCUGAUCCCAAAGACCGAAGGAAGACGAGGAUAUUGGUGGAGGGAGUAAGACGCUUCUGCAGGUCUUUAUAUGUUGGUCUUCUGAUUUCAUUAGAUUAUUGGUGGACCUCGAAUAUUACUUUGCGUGGGGUAGAUGAGAGCAGUGCAGAGUACACUGUUGCCAUGUCAGCAUGUCACCAGCGGGCUGCAGACAACAUGGUGGAGGGAGCUGUGCAGAACGGAGGAAUUUACAUCAAACUGGGACAGGGCCUGUGUGCCUUCAACCACCUGCUGCCUCCAGAGUACAUUCGCACACUGCAGGUGCUGGAGGAUAAAGCCCUCAACAGGAGAUACAAGGAGGUAGAUGCUUUAUUCCUGGAGGACUUCAACUCUACUCCAGACAAACUGUUUAAGAUGUUUGACUAUGAACCUGUUGCUGCUGCCAGUUUAGCUCAAGUCCACAAAGCAGAAAUGCAUGAUGGGACACCCGUAGCUGUGAAAGUGCAGUAUAUUGACCUCAGGGACCGGUUUGAUGGCGAUAUCAGGACUCUAGAGAUACUGCUGGACAUAGUGAAGUUUAUGCACCCCAGCUUUGGCUUUCGAUGGGUCCUAAAGGACCUGAAAGGAACAUUAGCUCAGGAGCUGGAUUUUGAGAACGAGGGCAGGAACUCUGAGAGAUGUGCCGAAGAGCUUAAACACUUUAAAUUCAUUGUUGUACCCAAAGUGUUUUGGGACCUGACCAGCAAGAGAGUCCUGACGGCAGAGUUCUGUGAAGGCUGCAAAAUCAACAACGUGGAGGAGAUAAAGAGGCAAGGCCUGAGUUUACAAGAUACAGCAGACAAGCUCAUUCGGACUUUUGCAGAACAGAUAUUUUACACCGGAUUUAUACAUGCUGACCCACAUCCUGGAAAUGUAUUGGUGCGGAGAGGUCCUGAUAAGAAAGCAGAGCUAGUGUUGUUGGAUCAUGGACUCUACGAGUGUCUCAGCAAAAGUGACAGGGUGGCACUGUGCCAGCUGUGGCGAUCGAUAAUCCUUCGAGACGAUGCCGGCAUGAAGAAAUACUCCAGUGAUCUUGGGGUCAAAGAUUACUUCCUGUUUUGCGAGAUGCUCCUGCAGCGGCCAAUCAGCAUGCGCGAGCUGACCCUGGGAAACAUCCUGAGCCGCGAGGAGACGUCCUACAUGAGGGACAUGGCCGUGCAUCACUUCGACAACGUCAUGGAGGUAUUGAAGUCUCUGCCUCGGCCCAUGCUGCUGGUGUUCCGCAACAUUAACACGGUCCGCUGCAUCAACAUCACACUCGGGGCGCCCGUCGACCGAUACUUCGUCAUGGCCAAGUGUGCUGUUCGAGGCUGGGGUAAAACCCGGGCAGAUGAUGCUGCACUUCUAUCCUCCUUCAGGGUCCUCCAGUGGGUCUGGAGCUUCUGGGAGAACCUUAAGUUUGAAUGUGCUUUAAGGUCUGAGAUGGUGAUGAUGAGCCUCACUCGCACUCUUCUGCAGCUGCUCUCAUACAGUGGAGCCAUCACUGUGGACCAGGACAUCUAUCAGUACCUCAAAUAACCCAGGGCUGGUCCACACACUUAUCUUACUGCCUGAACGCAGUGAGGAGGCCGUUUAUACAAAUUCCCUGCAGCAGGGAAACAUAAACAUGCAGUUUACAGUCACUGCGCUACAAAGAUCACAAAUGUGACGACGGCGACACAAUACAUUUUUAAAAUUUUAAAAUUCCAAAUUUUACCUUUUACUUUAAGUUACUGUGGAAUAGAACACAGUGGGAAAAUGCUUUUGUUGAUUGGUGUAAUCUAGAAUUUUGUUUGAUUUAAAAUCUACUGCAUCCUGUCAUAUAAAAAAAUGCAGUAUCUGUCCCAAUGCCAGUCUGCAGAUAAAAAGCUUUUCUCUGCUCUAACACAUCUGGCUUGGCUUCUUAUGGUUUUGACCUUGAUGCAUCAGGUGUGUUGAGGGUCGAGGUUGGAAUCACAGGGUCAUAUAUGUGAUAUGAUAUGAUAUGAUAUGAUAUGAUAUGAUGUGAUAUGAUAUGUUGCCCACAAUAAUGAUGAGAUCAUGAUACCGUGAUACUGUGUUACUGAAGAGGAUAAAAUACUCCUAAAUAACCAAAUAACAGGAAUUAUGGAUUUAUUGGUGUCAGAUUCCAAUAUUCUUCAUCGCAGUUUUAGUCUAUUUAUUUGAUUAGCGCCACCACGUGGAGUAAUGAAGCAGUAAUUUGAAAUAUUGGGGGACGAGUCAUAGGGAGUUUAAAGAGCCUAUGUUUUAAUAACAGUAUUGAUAUUUGACACUUUGUAUCGAUAUACAGAGGUAUGCAAAUUAUGGGAUCUGGUCUAAACUAAAUGAAAGAUGAAAGUAAGCCCAUGUUCCCACAGUAGCCCAAAUUCUAUAGUUUUAUUGUGUUAUGUGUAUGAUGGGGGGACAAGUGAAAAAACUGAAUUUUUCCGGUUUUAGGAAGACGUAGUUGCAAUAUCACAGUCAAAUAAAAAAAGCUUGAAAAUAAAAACAAAACUGUCCAUGACCAAAAAUGUGCCCUUUUUACUGCAAGCUCAAACACAUUCUCGAUAAUGAGCCAAGCUGUCAGCCACUGGUACUCAUUGAUAGUUCCUGUGAAGCUGGAGAAGAUGAAACUGAAACUUCACAUGAAGCUCUUCUCUUUUUUGCUUGAGCUUCAGCUUAGGAGCAUGAACUCUUCAAACAAAUGUCCGAUUUAGAUCACAUUUAGAAAAGAUAAUUUUAACAGCUUAACAAAACAUUGGAUUGGAGAAAAUGGGGUUUGCCUGCAGUUUGAACAUAGUUUUAAGACUUUAACUAAUCAUAUUCUAAAGGGGAUUAGGUUUACUGGAACCAUCACAUGAACAUUCUACACAUACAGCUCUGAAACAAAAAAAGAGACCACUUAAAAAUGAUGAGUUUUUUAUUUUACCAAAUUGAAAACCUCUGGAAUUUAAUCAAGAGGAAGAUGGCUGAUUACAAGCCAUCAAACCAAACUGGACUGCUUGAAUUUUUGUACCAGGAAUGGCAUAAAAUUAUCCAUAAGCAGUAUGUAAGACCGGUGGAGGAGAACAUGCCAAAAUGCAUGUAAACUGUGAUUAAAAACCAGGGUUAUUCCAGCAAAAUUUCUGAACUCUUAAAACUUUAUGAAUAUGAACUUGUUUUGUUUGCAUCAUUUGAGGUCUGAAUGUGCUGAAAGCCAUUUCUAAAUUGCUGCAAAUAAAUGCUCUACAUGACAAUAUUUUUCUUUGGAGUUAUAGAAAUUUGUAGUUUAUAGAAAAAAACAACAAUGUUCAUUUUACUCAAACAUAUACCUAUAAAUAGCAAAAUCAAAGAAACUGAUUCAGAAACUGAAGUGGUCUCUUUAUUUUUUUCCAUAGCUGUAUUUGGUGUUUUUAUUGCAGUGAAUCGAUGUGUAUACAUUUUCUAAAGGUUCUGCUGUCUGUGUUGGCCUCAAAAACCCAGCCAAAGUGUUCAUACCUCAGCAGAGAGCUUUCCUCCUCCUCUCUCCUUCACACAUCAUUUAACUCAAUAAAACACAUAUCAGCCUCUUGAGGAACUAAAUCUGCACAUUUAGUUGUUUUCUUUCAUAGACUGCUGAGGUACGGGUCCUGGUUUAGGAAGACCACACUGAUUCUCUGUUUACACUUCUCUGGUAAAAGCUAUGAUGCAAAUUACUUUGCCACCAAAUCAUUUUGAAAUCGUUUUUUUUUGUAGGAGUGAAACAAGCUGUUUUGAUGACUUAAUCUAGAACAGUAUCGAACAGCGCCAACACAUUUUGGACAUACUGAAGUUAAAAAUAUUUAGGCAGUUUAUUAUAGUGCUUUGUGGGUUUUUUUUAAUCAUGGGUAAACUUAAUGUUUUUGUCAUAAGCCAAAAGCUCUUUUGUGGACCAGUUGGACCAUAAAAUCAGACUGUGUAGUUUGAUGCAUGUAGCUCUGAUCACUACUCUUUAUUUAUUUAAGGGCCACAAACCUAAAUACUAAUAGAAAUAAAAAAAAAUAUUACCACCACUUUUA